CAGCCAUCCAUCUCACCAUCUCACUGGAGCUGUUUGAUCCACAGUACUGUAUCGUCAGCAUGUAGGCCCGCUCCCAUGCAAGCUUGCCGGGAGGCCCUGCCGCCUUGUCUGCUUAUCCGUCGCUACCGUCACUCCCACGGAAGCCGCCCGCGUCAUUACUGCCCUUAUCCGUCCAGACGUGGCCCGUGAUCGGCCAGACUGGUCUGCAUCGUGACUCUUCGUUAUAGCCGUCAUAUACCCGCACCUAAUUGAUUGCCGUCUGUGCUACUGCUUCAUGAUGCUGAUUCCUGAAGCUGCUGUAGCACGCCGACUCCAGCACACAGCCAGCCUGUUCGGACUUCACUUGUAGCAGCAGCAAUGACGGCCCAGUCCGAGAGCCCGCCCCAGGAUGGCAUCCGCCAUAUCGACCCAGAAGCCGAAACUACGACAAAGGAAACCGAGAACCUGCAAGACUUCCAGAACGGACAGCAGGAAUACCAAUCCCCCUCGUCAUGCGAGGUCGCAUCGGACCUACAGCAACACCCAGGCAAGACCGCCCCCAGCAUGUCAACAUGCAAGACCAUCACCCAAUGGAUACUGUGGUUUCUCAAAGACCAAUGGUUUCUUCUUGCCAUGUGCGCCAUCAUACUUGUCUCCUCACAGGUCCAAGUCCCCGCCUCUCAGCAAAAGAUCAAGCGAACCGUCAUAACCUACCUCUCCGUAUCUGUCAUAUUCUUUAUCAACGGCUGCACAUUGCCAACAAGGCUGUUGAUCGAGAACUACAUGCGGUGGAAGCUGCAUUUCUUCGUGCAAUUACAAUGCUACCUCGUCUGCUCAGCAGCUACUUUUGCCAUGGUUUCGCUAUGCGCCACGAACCCUAAAUUCAUGGAUCCCUGGCUGCUGAUCGGAUUUCUAUUUGUCGGUUCUGCGCCAACCACCAUGUCUUCGAACGUCGUCAUGACGCGCCAGGCGCAUGGUAACACCGCGCUGACUGUCGUCCAAAGCGUAAUAGGGCAGUUCUUGUGCCCCUUCCUAAGCCCAGUCAUCGUGCAGAUGUAUCUCAGCUCCGGUGCGUGGUACUCUCAAGUCCUUGAAAAGGGAAGUGGGUACGGUGAGAUCUACCGGCGCGUGUUCAUGCAGCUGGGGCUGUCACUGUUUCUACCCAUGGCCGUUGGACAGGCAGUUCAGUACUUCUUCGGCCGGACGUGCAAGAAAGUCUUCGUUGACUGGAAACUCACGAAGCUCUCGAGCCUGGCCUUGCUGACGUUGGUGUGGCAAACAUUCGACCAGGCUUUCCAAAAUAAAGCCUUCGAAAGCGUCAAAAAGAGCAACAUCAUUUUCAUUGUCUUCAUCUGCGCGACUCUUUACUUUCUCUGGACGGCGUUAUGUUUCACUGCUAGCAUUGUAUGGCUUCCUAAGAAGGAUGUUAUUGCGUGUUGCUACUGCUGCCCGGCGAAGGCGCUGGCCAUGGUUGUCCCACUCACGAGUGUCAUGUACAUUAACAUCAGCCCAUUGGAACAGAGCAAGAUGCAGAUCCCCGCAAUCAUCUUUCAGGCGUUUCAGGUUGGCAUGGGAGGGCUGAUGACAAUAGCGUUUCGGCGUUGGAUCAGAAGUGAAGAGGAGAGAGAAGAGGCUGAAAGGGGUGACGCCGCACCAGCUGGUGAGGCAAAAUGUUGAUAUAAGAAGUCAAUAUCGUCGAGUGUAAGUGUAAAAUGGUGUAAUAUACCGUAUGCUCUACUCUAUCAACUAGCACUUCCUUGGUCAAUCUCGGAGAACAGUGGGAAGCCUGUUCGAAAUGCAUCCGUCUUCUGCUCGAGCUGUGCAGUACCGCUGUAUGCACACUCUCGCGGCCGCCUCUCCAGGAACCUUCAAGGUUACCUAUACUCAGCACUUGAAUACCGCCGGCCCAGGCACAGUGUAAGUCUUUGAUCCGGUGUACAGGUUGUACGUGAUUCCCGGAUCCGAUC